AUGAAAGCAGUCAGGUAUUUUUCAUCAUUGGCUCAACAGUUUGUAAGAGAGAAGCCUCUGCUUCCUGAAGCACUAAGAUAUGAGCGGCCUACCAAAAUAGGAGGGAUGAAAAAUGGGAUCAGAAUUAUUUCUGAAAGCUGGAAAAGCGAUUUAUCAACGAUUGGAAUUAUGAUUGAUGCGGGAAGCAGAAAUGAAGGUAAAAAAUCUGGCAUUGCAAAUUUAGCUGGAAAUUUGCUGUUAUAUGGCACUAAAGGGAAAGAUGCAAAUACUCUGACUCCUCUCUACUUGAUAAGCAAGUGAAAAUUUUUUACUCACAAAUUAUAUUCUAUAUAAUUUGCCUGUCUUUUAAAAAUUUUGGUGUGGUGACAUUUGAAACGAAAAAUCUAAUAAAAAUUUAUCUUUUAAAUAUAAAAGCUUUCUAAUUAUUUAAAUUAGUUGGGGAUCUUAAUAUAUAAUAGAUCUUAAUAUAUAACAGUUGACUAUAUAUCAGACUAUUUUAUAAAAAUUCAUAUUAAAAUAUUUUUUUGCUCACUAACGAAGGGGUGUUAAUUUUUCCAAAAAUUGAAACUUUUCAAUAAUUUCUAGUUAAAAGAAGAUGGAGUGAGGAAAUCUUUUGAAGACUUGGGAGCAAAUAUUGAAAUUAAUGUGAAAAGAGACAAUACAUGAAUUGAAAUCAAUGUUAUGACUGAGUAUGUUGAACAAGUAUUUAAGCUGUUAGGAGAAAUGCUGAGCGAGAGUAAUUUUACUGAAAAUUCUGUAUCUCAAGCUAAAAAGCUUGCCUUGGAAGAUUGUGAAAAUUCAAUGUCUAUUCCUUCUUAUACAUUGCAUGAAAAUAUUCAUAGAACGUCAUUUAAAGACAAUCCUUUUGGAAAUUUUGUGAAAGGAAACUCAAAAACUAUAAGAGAUAUCACAAAAAGCGAAAUUGUUGAUUUUGCUACAAAUCUUUAUGUAGGCCAAAAUAUUAUUUUAAGCACCGCUGGAGGGAUUGAUCACGAUACAAUUUCGAAUUUAGCAGAAAAAUACUUGUGAAGGAUAGAAAAAGGUCAAAAAGCAGAGGUUGAGCCUCCAAAUUAUUCUCCUAAUUGUAUACAAUGCAGGACAGAUGACGAUACAACAUAUUUAGCUAUUGCAUAUCCUGGGCCUUCUAUAAGGCAGAACCAAUUCAUUGCAUUUCAGCUCCUAGAGCAGCUUAUGAGCAACCCCAUAAAUUUACCCUACUUAGACUAUCCCAAGCAGUCUAACUACCUUCACUCCAUGUUUGGACAAAUAGGAGGAUUAAUAUCUCAUCAUUGUGUACUUACCAAUUACUCAGACUGUGGCCUGUUUAUCCAUUUCUUAGAAUGUGAACCUAUUUCAGCGCCAUUUCUCGGGUCAGCUGUAGUCAAAGCAAUGCUCCAGGUUACAAAAGAAAUUUCCAAGGAAGAAUUAUUAAGAGCUAAAAACACAUUUCUUAAUAGACUUUUGCUACUGGAAGGGUCUUCACAAGUAGCCCAGCUUAAUGCUAAUCAACUGAGGCUUUUAGGAUCAAAACGCUCAAGGGCCGAUGUAGCUUCCAGUGUUGUGCAAUACGAAGCUGAAAAUUUGACAAAGGUUUAUGGGCCAUGGCUUACCAGCUCUUUCCCCGUAGUUGGAAUUUAUGGAAAAAUGGUCUCAGAAAACAUUGCAGAAAUAAUUUACAAGGACUGUGGUGGAGGUAAAGAAAAAUAA